GGGUGGGGCUGGUUUCUUCGAUAAUACGCCGCUAAGGCUAUAAGGUCACAUCAAUCUAGACUGAGAGAAGAGAAUACUGUGCUAGUGAAGCAAAGAUGUCUGAAACACCUGCUGAGAUAACUCAUGUGAUAUUUGAUCUUGAUGGACUGAUGAUUGACACAGAAUGCCUGUACACUCAGGAGACUCAGAAGAUUGUCUCAAGGUACGGGAAAACGUACAACUGGACGUUGAAAUCGAAACUAAUGGGGAGGAAACCGAUUGAUGGAGCCAAGAUCCUCGUCGACGAACUCCAAAUCCCGCUCACCCCAGAGGAGUUUCAUUUAGAACUGUAUGGUAACCUCAUGGAUAAGUUUCCAGAUGCACCCUUUCUCCCAGGUGCAGAGCAUCUGAUAAACCAUUUGUCCUCCUGUGGGAUACCAAUCGCUAUCUGUACCGGGUCAUCUGCUAAUACUUUUGACUGCAAGAUCUCCAAACGCAGAGACUUCUUCUCUAAGUUCUCCCACACUGUGUGCUCGGAUGACCCAGAGGUGACGCAUGGGAAACCAGCCCCAGACAUCUACCAGGUGACUGCAAGAAGAUUCAAGAGUCCCCCCAAGAGCCCAGCAAAUGUGUUAGUGUUUGAAGAUGCACCCAAUGGAAUGGAGUCUGCUAAAGCUGCUGGGAUGAAUGUUGUCAUGGUGCCGGACUCAAGAACAGAUCCAGCAAAAUGUCUUAAUGCCGACCGUGUCAUUCAGUCACUGGAACUAUUGAACAUAACUGAAUGGGGUCUGCCCUCAUUCUAACCCUUACCUUUGAGUUGUUAUAAGGGUGUGGUUUAAUUUGCAAACUAAAACUCUUGUUGAUCUUUUCCA